AUGUCUAUUGUUGGUAGCACAUCCCUGAAAUGGGGACAAGUAUCCCGCAAACACCCGCGAUAUGCGGGCAUUUGCAUGCUCACCGUGUUGCCAACAAGUGGCUGUUCUAUGAUAGAUCAUAGAGCUCUCCGACUUGAAAUGCCUAUGGAUAUCCGACAAUUAAACCAUCUUUCUCACCAGUCUUCCUUUUCCCUUGUAUCUACCUUGCUUGACAGUAUGACGCUACUGCUAUCUUUCAAACAACACUUCACGUACCAGCUCUUAGACUACCUAACCAUACAGAGCACCAUCCUUCUCCUACUUCUCGGCAUAUCAACCUACCAAGUUGUACACUUUCUGCGAGCAAGAAACAGACCACCACUCCCAACCAGUCCGCCUGGUGAGUUUCUUCUUGGACACUACCGGCUAGUCCCUGAAGAUGCCGCUUUCAAAAAGUAUGCAGAAUGGUCAAAAGAGUAUAACAGCGAUGUGCUCUUUUUCGAGACCUUUGGGACGAAGUGGAUAGUAUUGAACAGCUUGGAAUCGGCAACAGAGCUGCUUGAGAAGAGAGGAUCAAAUUAUGCGGAUCGUCCGCGAUUUGUGAUGUUUGAGGAGUAA